GCAGGUACGCGCGCUCGCAGCUUGCUCACGGAGACAGACGGUGGCGGGAGCGGGCUCCGGCGAGUGAGAGAGCGCGGUGGGGCGGGGCGGGAGAAAGUGGCCGCCCGGAGGACGUUGGCGUUUACGCGUGUCGGAGCGGAAGAGUUUUGCUUUUCGUGCGCGCCUUCGAAAACCGCGCCUGCUGUUGGCUGAGGGGGUCCACCCGGAGCCUCCCCUUCUCCGCCCGCGGCCCCGCGCCGAGCUCGCCGGCCCGAAGCAGCGUGGGCGAGGUGGAAGCGCGCCCGACCCGCGUCCCGCGCCCGGAGCCGCCCCCUGAGUGCCAAUGGCCACGCGGGUGCUGACUAUGAGCGCCCGCCUGGGACCCGUGCCCCAGCCGCCGGCCCCGCAGGACGAGCCCGUGUUCGCGCAGCUCAAGCCCGUGCUGGGUGCCGCGAACCCGGCCCGAGACGCGGCGCUCUUCCCCGGCGAGGAGCUGAAGCACCCGCACCACCACCCGCAGGCUCAGCCCGCGCCCCCGCAGCCGCCGCAGCCGGCGCCGCCGCCCGCCGCUGGCCCGCGGCUGCCCCCUGAGGAGCUGGUCCAGACAAGAUGUGAAAUGGAGAAGUAUCUGACACCUCAGCUUCCUCCAGUUUCUAUAAUUCCAGAGCAUAAAAAGUAUAGACGAGACAGUGCCUCAGUCGUAGACCAGUUCUUCACUGACAGUGAAGGGUUACCUUACAGUAUCAACAUGAACGUCUUCCUCCCUGACAUCACUCACCUGAGAACUGGCCUCUACAAAUCCCAGAGACCGUGUGUAACACACAUCAAGACAGAACCUGUUACCAUUUUCAGCCACCAGAGUGAAACGACUGCCCCUCCUCCGGCCCCGACCCAGGCCCUCCCUGAGUUCACCAGUAUAUUCAGCUCCCACCAGACCGCAGCUCCAGAGGUGAACAAUAUUUUCAUCAAACAAGAACUUCCUACACCAGAUCUUCAUCUUUCUGUCCCUCCCCAGCAGGGCCACCUCUACCAGCUACUGAAUACACCGGAUCUAGAUAUGCCCAGUUCUACAAACCAGACAGCAGUAAUGGACACUCUCAAUGUUUCUAUGUCAGCCGCCAUGACAGGCCUUAACACACACACCUCUGCUGUUCCGCAGACUGCAAUGAAACAGUUCCAGGGCAUGCCCCCUUGCACAUACACAAUGCCAAGUCAGUUUCUGCCACAGCAGGCCACUUACUUUCCCCCGUCACCACCAAGCUCAGAGCCGGGAAGUCCAGAUAGACAAGCAGAGAUGCUCCAGAAUCUGACCCCACCUCCAUCCUAUGCUGCUACAAUUGCUUCUAAACUGGCAAUUCACAAUCCAAAUUUACCUGCCACCCUGCCAGUUAACUCGCAAAGCAUCCAGCCUGUCAGAUACAAUAGGAGGAGUAACCCGGAUUUGGAGAAACGACGCAUCCACUACUGCGAUUACCCUGGCUGCACAAAAGUUUAUACAAAGUCGUCUCAUUUAAAAGCUCACCUGAGGACUCAUACUGGUGAGAAGCCGUACAAGUGCACCUGGGAGGGCUGUGACUGGAGGUUCGCGCGCUCUGACGAGCUGACCCGCCACUACCGGAAGCACACGGGGGCCAAGCCAUUCCAGUGCGGCGUGUGCAACCGCAGCUUCUCCCGCUCCGACCACCUGGCCCUGCACAUGAAGAGGCACCAGAACUGAGAGCCCCGCUGUGGCCUGCCGUGCCUAUGCAAUCCACACUGACGUUCUGCAGUUCCUUUGGCAAAAGUUUUAAACUACAAACUUAACGUAUAUAUAUAAAAAAAAAAGAAAAAGAAAACAAAAAACUGGAAAUGUAUAUUUUGUAUAUUUGAGAAAACAGGGAAUACCUUGUAUGAAUACCAAAGUGUUUGGUCCUUUUGAGAAUCUGGAAUGCUUGCUGUAAUGUAUAUGGCUUUACUCAAGCAGAUUUCAUCUCCUGACAGGCAGCCACAUCUCAGUUGUGGGUAGGGGGGUGGGGGUGCAGGGUGUGUUUGCAGUGUUUCUACCUAAGCACCAUCAUUUAAUGUGACAGUGUUUAGUAAACAAGUCAGUUGGCAGGCACAGGAAGAAGGUUGGAUUGUAUGUCAAGAUUUUACUUGACAUCAAGUAGUUUAUUUUUUUUUUCAAUAUUAGAUAAUUCCUUAGAGGUGCGCAUUGUACCUGGCAAUUCACAAAUAGCCAUUGAACAAAUGUGUUUUUCUGUUUGUUUUUAUAUGAGUUGCCUAUAUUUGCUAUUCAAAAUUUUGUAAAUAUGCAAAUCAGCUUUAUAGGUUUAUUACAAAUUUUCUAAGAUUCUUUUGGGGGAAAAUCAUAAAUAAUUGUUUGAAAAAAAAACAUGAAUACAUUUACAGUUAGAAUUUGUGGUAAAAUACCUCUUCAAACCUCACCAAAUUCAUUUCUUUAGGAGGAAGAAAUCAUUCAAAUGAACUUAAAAUGCAGAUUCCAUGCACUGAUGAAAAUAGGAUUACUUUAAAUAUGAAAGUCGUUUUAUAUGAAUUGUGAACUCCAGAGCUUAAAGAUAAAAUACGUAAAAAUGAAAAACUCUUAACAAUAAGCUAAGCAGUAUCAUUUUAAAAAAGGAGGACAUGCAGCUCUCACGUGGAAAUGUUGAAUUCAUGAUGCAGUUUUCGCAUACUGGAAUGUUCGCUUACGCAGUACUGUUGGUUAAACGACAAUUUAUAUGGAUUUUGCAUGUAAUAUACAGUGAGACACAGUAAUUUUACCUAAAUUACAGUGCAGUUUAGUUAUAAUCAUUGUUAAUACUGACUCAGUGUCUGCCUUUAAUUAUUAAAUGACAUGUUGAAAGCGUAAGGAAGCAAGUGCUACAUAUAUGCAAUAUAAUAGUAAUGUGAUGCUGAUGCUGUUAACCAAAGGGCAGAAUAAAUAAGCAAAAUGCCAAAAGGGGUCUUAAUUGAAAAUGGAAACUUAAUUUUGUUUUUAAAAUAUUGUUUAUCUUUAUUUAUUUUGUGGUAAUAUAGUAAGUUUUUUUUAGAAGAUUUUCAUAACUUGAUAAAUUAUAGUUUUGUUCGUUAGAAAAGUUGCUCUUAAAAUGUGUAAAUAGAUGACAAACGGUGUAAAUAUUUUGUAAGGCUUCAAAAUGUUUAUACGUGGAACAUGCCUACAUACAAAGCAUAAAUUGGUUGCUGUUUUGCUUCUUUUCCCCUCUUAUUUUUGUAUUGUGGUCAUUUCCUAUGCAAAUAAUGGAGCAAACAGCUGUAUAGUUGUAGAAUUUUUUGAGAGAAUGAGAUGUUUAUAUAUUAACGACAAUUUUUUUUGGAAAAUAAAAAGUGCCUAAAAGA